GCUUCCUCGAGGAGGGUAGAUGGGUGAUAAUGGGUGUAACCAUUCUGCCCGGGAGCCAGGGGGUGUUUAAGCGAGUCCCACACUCAGGGACGGAGCUGUCUACAUGUCAGGGUCCUGAGCAUCCGCAGCCACCUCCACCUAAACCCCGCCGCCGCCCUCACUCUUUCAAAACAGCACGUCCCACUAACCUGCUCUUUUUAAAAAAAAAGCACGAGCCUUUGUCACAUAUGCACUUUCCUGUCUGCAAGAAAGGACCACCCUCUGCUCAAUCCUGUGCCCCCACUCCUCCUCCACCUCCACCACCAGGGACUGAGGAGGUUUUCAGCACUUGCCACGGCAGUUUUUGCUCUGGACAGUAGCACAAAGGCUCAGUGAUCCCCUCGUAUCGCUCAGACACUUGACAGAAACCACAGCUGACAGCCAAUCUCAGCCUCCAGCAGGCUCCCACAGUGCAAAGGGGUUGAAGAAUACACCAAGAAAAAGGAAGGCGCUCUGUGGACUGUUCACCCAAAAUAACAAAAAAAAAAAGCUCUGAAACCUGCAAUCCCUGCAGUCUUUUUUGAAAAAAACACAGAUUUAGUUGCUCAAAAAGAGAAUCUUUACAAUGGAAGAAGACAUGGAUGAGGGGCAGACCCAGAAAGGAUGCCUGGAAUGCUGCAUCAAAUGCCUGGGUGGGAUCCCGUACCCUUCCCUCAUCGCCACCAUCCUGCUGUACGCGGGCGUGGCCCUCUUCUGCGGCUGUGGACACGAGGCCCUGUCCGGCACCGUCACCAUCCUCCAGAACUACUUUGAGGUGGUGAGGAGUCCCGUGGAUGCGCUGGAUGUCUUCACAAUGAUUGAUAUCAUCAAGUACGUGAUCUACGGAAUUGCAUCAGCCUUCUUUGUCUACGGCAUUCUGCUGAUGGUGGAGGGAUUCUUCACCAGUGGAGCCAUUAAAGAUCUGUACGGAGACUUCAAGAUCACCACUUGUGGACGUUGCGUCAGUGCUUGGUUCAUCAUGCUGACCUACAUCUUCAUGCUGGCCUGGCUCGGCGUGACUGCUUUUACCUCCAUCCCAGUUUUUAUAUACUUCAACAUCUGGAACAUUUGCCAAAAUGCCACCGUGCUGGAGGGGGCGUCACUCUGCCUGGACCCACGUCAGUACGGUAUUGUGCCUCUUGUUGAGGUGAAGACGGUGUGCGCUGGAUCAGAGAAAUUCUACAAGAUGUGUGAAUCUACUGAGCUGGACAUGACGUUCCACCUGUUCAUCUGUGCACUUGCUGGUGCAGGAGCUGCUGUUAUCGCCAUGAUCCACUACUUGAUGGUGCUAUCUGCCAACUGGGCCUACGUGAAAGACGCCUGCCGAAUGCAGAAGUACGAGGACAUCAAGUCCAAGGAGGAGCAGGAGCUUCACGACAUCCACUCCACCCGCUCCAAGGAACGCCUCAACGCCUACACAUAAAAAGCAACGGCGUGAGGCCCGGCCCCGCCCACUCCGGCCUCUCUCCCUCUGUCUCUCCUCUUGCUUUUUCUAUCUGUCUCUCUCUACCUGCCCCUCCCAAAAGGGAAGGGGGUGCGGAUGGCGCCUGGGGCCCUCGCCACUGCUGAUGUCACUGGUGCGUCACAUGACAAUGUGGUCUGGGGGGGGGGGUGCAUCACACAAAAAGCUCCUCAGUCACAAGCAGCAUUUCAAAAUGAAAAAAAAAGCCCCUUUACCUCUCUCAUUGAUGGUGUUCUGAAUAUCAUUAUGGCAGUUGUAUUAUUCCUGAGCCCAGGUUGUUUAGUGCUGAUAGUAGUUUUAGUGUAGUUUGUAGAAUCAGAGGUAGCGGUAGUAGUUCUGCUUUUUUCCUUUGUUUCGAAUCAUUUGUGUAUAAUUCUUUACUUUUCCUUAUUUGAUUAUGAGUGUUUUGUUUUUUUUUGCUCUCAUGCAUAAUUUAUUUUUUUGCUGAUUUCUGAGGAGGUCAACAGGGGCUUCAAACGGUUUUCAAGCACAUUUCUCACAUAGUGUGUCUGGAGAUUCCAUGUUCAAGAGCUAUGUACUGUAUGUGAGUGAGUGGUUAGUUUUUUAAAACAUUUUAAAUCUCACAGCUAUGAAGAAUUGUAAACCCAUACCAUUCCAGUAUUUCCAGGGAUUAAGACCACUUUGACGUGAAAGCAAUUUAAUCUGUUUUUCUAUUUCAAGUUAACUAACAGCAAAACAAGAUGAAACCAAAUCGAUGCACAAGAAGUAUUUCCUAAAUGUGCCAAUCCUCUUAAACAGAAAACAUUGACUGAUGGUAGACUUCAGAGGUGGGAAUAGCCAAAUAAAGAUAAAUUGUACCUUAUUUUCUGAUAAUCUCGCCAUUUCAAAGACUUUUGGGACUUUGAAUGGUCCCACCAUCUUUAAAUCGCAACAACCACAAAGCACAUGCUUUCAUAAUCCCUUUUUAAUUUCAUGAAAGCAGAACUUUAUAAAUACUAAACUCCUGUUUAUGCAGAACUCUGCACUGUACAUACUGAUAUAUCAAAGCAAACAUAUAUGUUUCGCACUGACAUUUAAGGACAAUUGUGUUAAGAAUAAGAAUCAAAGUGUCCGCUCACUUUCAAAAAGAAAAAGAAAGCCUGACAAUGAAAAGUCGUAGGCACAAUGGCACUCCUUGGUGGAAUUAUGAGAUUUGAUAAAAGUGUGUGUCGCAGUAUUUUUUAUGUUCAUGACAGUAACAGUUGCCUACAUAUUCUGAUGCCAUAUGGCCACAAAGGUGGCCUGUCACUCCAUUGCCUGGUGUUUUUUUUUAUUUUUAUAUCAGUAUUCCUCAAAGCUAGUUUCUUGCACUUAUUUGACCAUUUCUGUGCUCUCUCUAAAUGUAAGCGCAUUGGUGUUCAACUCAAAGUUGGAUAACUGUACUGUUAGUAAAGACUGUGAAUUUAGAUGUUUUUUGUGGCAUGGACAUGCAUCGGUAUAGUCUUAUUGACUCAAAAGUUACUUUCUUCCACUUUUAUUUCACACUUUGACUGUCUUGCUGGUUCAACCCUUUUUUAUGUGCAGUACUAAACCCUCCCACGCUUUCUGCGUUAUGCUACUGAUAUUAUAGACUGUAGUCCUUGAGUUGUGUCUAUUUAGUUUGUGAUGAGCUUUCAACCAUGUCUUAAAGCUGAUACCUGUACCAACAUUGCUUACUCUGUGAUGAUCAGAAAAGAAAAAAAAGAAGGCUUUCAGCUCUCUCCCUGUAUUAGUCUUUUGUACUUUCACUACGGAUGCUUAGUAGCAAGCUUUAAAUCAAAUUUGUUUUGUACAUUCAUGUGCCAACAGCUUGAAGUGGCUUAUUUGACCUGUAUGAUCAAAUUUGCUUGCAGAAAUAAAAUUCACUUGUGUACUUGUUAAUAAAUGCAACAGGUCGCUUGUGCCUUCUUUUGUUUUGACGCCAAGCAGUCCUAUUGUUGGGAUUACUGGAAAUCCAAAUUAACAACUGCCAGAGGAAUUAAAAAUUGGUCGAAUUUUGUAAAAAAAUUAAUAAAUAAAGAAGCUCCACUUGAAAAUAGUACUAAAUCUCCCCACUAGAUGUCUUCCUUUCCCCGAGUAUCACCAAAUAAAAAUAGUUAUGUCAUUGCAUGGUUGUAACUUUGCACAAAAGGGC